CUCCAAAUCUACGAUCUCGCUUUCCGAAAAAGUGGCACAUUCACCACCACCUCAGCUACACUUGAGAAAAUUCAGGGGCUACUUAAGAACGAUUGCCAUCCGAGCCCAGUCACAAAUGCCGGUCGAUUUCACUAGAUUGACGGGGCAUCAGUUGGUGCAAUUGGUGUAGGAAACACCCUUUUGAGACCAACCCAUCUUUGAAUCGCCCCACGGUCCACCCAAUUCUGGAAAAUAAAGUGCGCCCGCCGCAGUGACCGCACCUCCUCGCCCAAGGCUUGGUUCUUGUCACGCUUGCCCGCCCUUUCGCGUCCCUCCCCCCACUCAUGCCAGUCUCUCUCGCCUUCUCUUUCCUCUUACUCUAACCCCCGCUUCUCGACCGCGCCAACGUCGAUUUUUUUCCCCUCCCUCUUACACAUGGCGAUAGCUGUGCUCCUCGAUUCUUCUUUCAUGGUUUGCAAGGAGUAUUUCGCUCCAUGGUUGUAGAAUCCAACCAGUCGGACAUGGCCGAAGUGCCAGCCAAGACCAACCCUCCCCGAAAAAGCGCCUUCUCCUGUGAGGCUUGUCGCAAGCGAAAGGUGAAAUGUAAUGGAGCUAGCCCUUCAUGCUCACGAUGUGCAGCACGCGGGGAAGUCUGCGUCUAUAGUCUUGCUCCGACCCUGUCAUAUACGAAGCAGCUAGAAACGCGCGUGGCGCAGCUCGAAGACGCGCUUACGAAGCUUCGCAGUCAACAAUUCUCAGAGCCCCUGGGGUCCAAAGUAGCUUCUCCGGCUUCCACAGGAGAAUCCAGCGCAAGUCCGCGCAUACGGUCUCGUAUCAAAGAGGAGGAAGAUGAUGACCAGAGCCUCACGAGAGACUUCGAGGGUCUCAAGGUCGAGCAUGAUGGACGAAUAUCAUUUCACGGACCUACCAGCCUCUUCCAGCUUCCAAGCGGCGUUGUCAGCGAGGCUGCUUCAACGUCUCAUCUGGCUAUGCAUUUAGAAGGUCGCAAGGAACGGCUUAUAAAUAAUGCCUGGCGUGAACGUGCUUAUGAGCAGAUGGCAAUCAUGCCUGAGCCAUUUCAAUAUCUCCUUGACUCGCAUUGGUGCUGGAUUCAACCACUUUUCAACUUCGUAUACAGACCUACCUUCACCCGUGAUAUGAAAAUCAACGGCCCAUAUUUUUCAGAAGCUCUGCUCAACGCUGUCCUUUCCCACUCAGUACGAUGGUGCAAAGCAGAGCCGAAAAUUGGUCCGAUUCUUGACUCUUUCGAAGGCGGCGCGCAGUUUUCACAUCGUGCCGUGACAGGUCUCUAUGAUUCAUUAAGAGCAGGCCAAAUCGGCAUUCCCACCAUUCAGACCCUGCUUCUCCUCAGCGCACAGGAAUGUGGACGGGGCAAUCGAACUCAGGCGUGGCUAUACAGUGGGAUGGCUUUUCGAAUGCUAGACGAUCUAGGCAUUUCAAUUGACAGUCGCAAGUAUUCGGACAGCGCACACUUGAGUGACGAAGAUAUCGAAGUCAGGAAUCGGCUUUUUUGGAGCUGUUAUUUCUGGGAUAAACUUAUUUGUCUGUACUUUGGGCGAUCCCCGACCAUGCAGCAAUCCCGCGUCAGUCCUCCGAGAACAAUUUUGGAUGAUACAGCCGAGGUAGAGAUCUGGACACCUCACGGGGUCGAGUUUCCAGACGGCACCCACUAUCCGCCCACUCAGGCCCAUUCAACUUCAUGCUUCAUGAAGAUGUGUGGCUUGGCCGAGAUCCUCAACCAGAUUCUUAUCCACAUCUAUGACCCCAUUCGGCAAGUCGCGGAGGCAGAAUUCUACGAGUGCAUCCAGGAACAGGCUAAGAACCUGGCCGACUGGUGGGAUGAUCUGCCUCAUUUCCUAAAGCUACAGGCGACGGAUCUCCCACCAUAUUCGCCUCCUAGUCACAUUGUAACAUUAAACUGCCUGUACCACACCAUCAACAUUCUACUGCAUCGGCCGGUUCUCUGCUCUAAGGCAAAUCAGUCCUACGAUAAAAGCCAUCUUUUUCAAUGUAUGACGUCCGCAACGGCUAUUCUUUCACUCUACGACCUAUAUCGCCGCACGUUUGGCGAUGUGCAUGUGGUCCUUUCUGUUGCAUAUAGCGUCUACACCGCAGCAUCCGUGUAUCUUCUGGAGAUUCAGGCCCUGAAGUAUGCUGCUCAGGGCACCCUCGAUAAGCUGAAAUUCUGCAUAUAUGCACUGGAGCGGGUGAAGGGCUCAAGUCCUGUCAUCACCACAGCGCUAAGCCUCAUUUACCAGGAGCUGCAGAAGCUUCAGAUUGAUAUCCACAUUGUUCUCCCGCCACUGAACCAGCAGCCACAACCCGAAAUGCCUCCACAUGCCCCUCAACCGCAAUCCCGACCUCACUCCAGACCUCACUCCAGACCUCACUCCAGACCUCACACUUCCCACAGCUCCUCCGCCCCAGCACCUCUUUCUAAUACCUCCAGCCGCCUAUCUCCCGCACACCAGCCCCAACAAUCCGACCACCCUAUGACCGCCCACCCCACCCAUCCUGCAGGCCCAGCUCCAGCAGCUGCGGCGCCAGUCAUUCCUCCGUACACCUACCAACAACCGGUUGCCGACUUUGAGCUCUCCCAAACGAACGUGCCGCAGAUGGCCAACACGCACAUGCUCGGCGGGAUGCCCAACGCCGUGAUGACGCUCGAUAACCCCGGUACUUAUGAGAUUACACCCGAGGUCUUCGAGGCUUUUUCGUACGCGGAGCCGAUGACGACGAACAUGACCCCAGCUGUUGAUUACGGAUGGAACAGGCAGUGAUGUAUAUAUAAAUGGGAUUAAUUGGCAUAGAACUGUUAGGGAGGAAUAGUUAGCUCGGACUAGGACAGCAGCUUACAAGCGAG